AUGGCAGGUUCAUGUGAAAGGUGGAUUGAUGGUCUUCAUUUCUCCUCACUGUUUUGGCCUCCACCACAAGAUGCACAGCAACGCAAGGCUCAAAUUACUGCCUAUGUUGAGUACUUUGGGCAGUUUACGUCAGAACAGUUUCCUGAAGAGAUAGCUGAGCUGAUCCAGAACCGCUAUCCUUCUAAGGAAAACCGCCUCUUCGAUGAUGUCUUGGCAAUGUUUGUCCUUCAUCAUCCAGAGCAUGGGCAUGCUGUUAUGCUUCCUAUCAUUUCAUGUGUCAUUGAUGGAACAGUGGAGUAUGAUAGGAGUAGUCCUCCAUUUGCUUCUUUCAUUUCUUUGGUUUGUCCAAGCGAUCAGAACGAGUAUUCUGAGCAGUGGGCUCUGGCAUGUGGGGAAAUUUUACGAAUUUUAACUCAUUACAACCGCCCAAUUUACAAGGUUGAGCAACAGCAUAGUGAAGCAGAUAGAAGCAGCAGUGGCAGUCAGGCAACGACAAGUAAAUCUGCAGAUGGAGAAUCAUUUUCAGCUUCUCUACAACAUGAAAGAAAACCACUGAGGCCAUUAUCCCCAUGGAUUGCUGAUAUAUUGCUUGCUGCACCUCUAGGUAUUAGAAGUGACUACUUCCGUUGGUGUGGUGGUGUUAUGGGAAAAUAUGCAGCUGAAGAACUCAAGCCUCCUUCAACUGCUUCUUCUCGUGGUUCUGGAAAGCAUCCACAGCUAAUGCUAUCAACUCCAAGAUGGGCUGUUGCUAAUGGCGCUGGUGUGAUAUUAAGUGUUUGUGACGAGGAAGUUUCUCGCUAUGAGACUGCUACCCUAACAGCUGCUGCUGUUCCUGCGCUUCUGCUUCCACCUCCAAUAACAGCUAUGGAUGAGCAUCUUGUAGCAGGACUACCAGCUCUUGAGCCAUAUGCACGUCUAUUUCAUCGCUAUUAUGCAAUUGCUAGACCAAGUGCCACCCAAAGACUUCUUCUUGGACUUCUAGAGGCACCACCAUCAUGGGCGCCGGAUGCACUUGAUGCUGCUGUACAACUAGUGGAACUCCUUAGGGCAGCAGAAGAAUAUGCAUCUGGAAUGAGGCUUCCGUGGAACUGGAUGCAUUUGCAUUUUUUGCGUGCAAUUGGGACUGCAAUGUCCAUGAGAGCAGGCAUUGCUGCAGAUACUGCAGCUGCUCUACUCUUUCGCAUACUAUCACAGCCUGCUUUGCUUUUUCCCCCGCCAAGACAAGUUGAAGGAUUUGGACUUCAACACGAACCUUUUGGCCAUUACAUUUCAUGGUACAAACAGCAGAGAGAAGUGCCUGCGGCUGAAACCACAAUAGAAGCUACUGCCCAAGGGAUUGCAUCAAUGCUUUGUGCACAUGGCCCUGAGGUUGAAUGCAGAAUAUGUACCAUAUGGGAAGCUGCUUAUGGCUUGAUUCCUUUAAGUUCGUCUGCUGUUGACCUCCCUGAAAUCAUAGUUGCAACUCCUUUGCAACCUCCUAUUUUGUCAUGGAACCUGUACAUACCUCUCCUAAAAGUUUUGGAGUAUCUUCCUCGUGGAAGUCCAUCUGAAGCCUGUCUCAUGAGAAUAUUUGUUGCUACUGUUGAAGCCAUUCUUCAGAGAACAUUUCCAUGCGAGUCCAUCAGGGAACAAGUUAGAAAAACCACAUAUGUAUUUGGGUCUGCCUCCAAAAACCUUGCCAUGGCCGAACUUCGCACAAUGGUCCACUCACUAUUCUUGGAAUCAUGUGCCUCUAUAGAGCUUGCUUCUCGCCUACUUUUUGUUGUGUUAACUGUUUGUGUCAGUCAUGAAGCACAGCUCAUUGGGAGCAAGAGACCAAGAGGUGAAGGUAGUUAUCCUCCUGAUGAAGCCAGUGAAGACUUGCAAGCAUUGUCUGGAAAUGAGAGAGAAAUGGGAGCUAAAAAAAGGAAAAAACAGGGAUCUAUUGCGGCCUUCGAUUCUUAUGUUCUUGCUGCAAUUUGUGCUCUUGCUUGUGAACUUCAGCUCUUCCCUUUGAUUUCAAAAGGAAGUAAUCAGUCAGAUUCCAUAGAUAGACAUGAUGGAGCCAAGCCUGUAAAAGACAACAAAUCACCCAGUGAGUCUCGAAAUAGUAUAGACUCUGCGGUUUGUCAUACUCGCAGGAUAUUAUCAAUAUUAGAAGCACUCUUUUCUCUGAAGCCAUCAUCCGUUGGCACCUCAUGGAGUUACAGUUCCAAUGAGAUAGUUGCUGCAGCUAUGGUUGCAGCUCAUAUUUCUGAUCUGUUCAGACGUUCAAAAGCUUGCAUGCGGGCUCUCAGUGUCUUGAUGCGAUGCAAGUGGGAUAAUGAAAUUCAUUCCAGAGCUUCUUCACUGUACAAUCUCAUUGAUAUUCAUAGAAAAUUUGUUGCAUCUAUUGUCAACAAGGUGGAACCAUUAGAAGCACACCUUACCUGUGCACCAGUUUGGAAGGACACUCCUGCGUCGCUUCACAUCAGAAAACAACACAAAGGUGCCAACUAUGGCAACUUUGAAUCAGGGCAGCCAUCGUCCCUGCAGUGUGAAGAUUCAGCCAAUCCAAAAGCUUUACUUGAGUGUGAGAAAGCUUGCCAUUCUUGUCAGGGGACUGGAAGUACCACGGGUAAAGGAAUAGCAAGUUUUCCUUUAGAUGCUUCAGAUUUGGCCAACUUCCUCACAAUGGACAGGCAUAUAGGAUUUAAUUGCAGUGCAAAAGUCCUUCUAAGGUCACUUCUGGCUGAGAAACAAGAACUGUGUUUUUCUGUUGUUUUGUUGCUUUGGCACAAGUUGAUUGCAUCACCUGAAACACAAGUUAGUGCAGAAAGCACGUCUGGCCAGCAAGGAUGGAGGCAGGUGGUUGAUGCAUUAUGCAACGUGGUAUCAGCAUCACCUACAAAAGCUGCAACAGCUGUUGUUCUUCAGGCGGAGAGAGAAUUGCGACCUUGGAUUGCUAAAGAUGAUGAUCUUGGUCAAAAGAUGUGGAGAAUCAACCAGCGUGUAGUGAAGCUGAUUGUGGAGCUAAUGAGGAAUCAGGAUAAUCCAGAAUCAUUGGUAAUUUUAGCAAGUGCGUCGGAUCUCCUCCUUCGUGCCACAGAUGGGAUGUUGGUUGAUGGACAAGCAUGCACUUUACCACAGCUGGAGCUCCUGGAAGCAACAGCUAUAGCAAUUCAAUCAGUGCUCAAGGGGGGAGAAUCUGGAUUGGUAGUCGCAGAUGGUCUUUCAAAUCUGUUGAAGUGUCGCCUACCAGCUACUGUUCGUUGCAUUUCUCAUCCAAGUGCUCAUGUUCGUGCUCUUAGCAAAUCAGUACUACAUGCUAUUUUGCUCACUGGUUCAAUAAAAUCGAGUGGUAGACAAUUGGACAUAAAUGGCAUCCAUGGUCCUGCUUAUCAGUACUUAAAUGCAGGAAAUAUCGACUGGCAAGCAAAUAUUGAAAAGUGUCUUACAUUGGAAGCUCAUAGCCGACUUGCAACCAGAAUGCCAAUUGAAUUUCUAGAUACUGCUGCUAAGGAAUUAGGAUGUACUAUAAUCACUUGA